GCGAGAGAAAGAGAGAGAGAGAGAGGUAGAGGAGGAGGUGGCGGUCGUGGUGAUGGUGUGAUGGUGGGGGGAGUCUACCGUGGCGGAAAUCGGACGACAUGAGCUCGACGUGAAAAAUGCUUUAAAAAGACGCGCUUUCCCCCCCCUUUCCUCUCUUUAUUGCACCUUCUUCAAUUAGAAAGUGCUUCAUUUCCUGCUGCCUGACCGCGCUUUUUUUCUUUCUUUUUUUUGGUGGGAGGCGACACGAGACGAGCAGAGACUUCACCUGACGUGCUCCAGGGGCGUGACUGAAGGGGGUCCAGAAUGCCGGAGCAGAGCAACGACUACCGGGUGGUGGUGUUCGGAGCAGGAGGAGUUGGGAAGAGCUCCCUGGUGUUGCGCUUCGUCAAGGGGACCUUCAGGGACACGUACAUUCCCACCGUGGAGGACACGUACCGCCAGGUGAUCAGCUGCGACAAGAGCGUGUGCACGCUGCAGAUCACCGACACCACCGGGAGCCACCAGUUCCCCGCCAUGCAACGCUUGUCCAUCUCCAAAGGCCACGCCUUCAUCCUGGUCUACUCCAUCACGAGCAAGCAGUCCCUGGAGGAGCUGAAGCCCAUCUACCAACAGGUCCUGGCCAUCAAGGGCAACGUAGAGGCCAUCCCCAUCAUGCUGGUGGGCAACAAGAGUGAUGAGACCCAGCGCGAGGUGGAGACCAAGGAUGGCGAGGCCCAGGCCAACCAGUGGAAGUGCGCCUUCAUGGAGACGUCGGCCAAGACCAACCACAACGUCACCGAGCUCUUCCAGGAGCUCCUCAACCUGGACAAGAAGCGCAACAUGAGCCUCAACAUCGACGGCAAGCGCUCAGGGAAGCAGUCGCGCGCCGAGAGACUGAAGGGCAAGUGCAGCGUCAUGUAAAUGGCGGGCUGGACGAGGGCAAGAGGAAGAAGGAAGCGAGAGAGGAAGACUGAACAGGAAUCCCAUCAUUCACAUCCUUCCCAAGCAUGACUCAGCGGCGGACAGGAGGCUGGUCGCCAUGGUGAUGAAAGGCUAGGAUCUCGGAUGCAAGCAGGAAGGGGGGGGAAAAAAAAGACCACAGACUCAACUCGUUCUCCUCCUCGGCGUUCCUUUUGGAAAACAGAGGGAACCUCCCUCGUCCUGACCGCACCUCUUUUAUCAUAACACACGUGGAAGACAUUUAUACAAAGUGUCAAAGAGCUCCUUUGUCCUCUGAGGUUUGAGAGCAUGAACGCCACACGGCAUCGCAAAGGCAACUCCCGAGGAUGUAAAUAAACCACAACUCAUCCCCUCUCAUCUCACCUCCACCGGAUUCCCACAACAAAAAAACAAGCGCCCCAGCCUCAAUGUCAUACGACAAACAACAAAGAUCCUCUCCGCCACACAUUCAUCAAUCGCCACCAAAAGUGGUAACGCACGCACACACACAGACACACACACACACACACCAUGACGCAGCAAUCCUUUUAAAGACUCUAUGAAAGCCACAUUUUUUGGGGGGGAGGGGAGCUCCGGCCUUGCUUGCUUGCUUGUUUGUUUGAGAGGAUGAUCCACUCUUCUGAUUAUUAUUGCCAAGCCGGUGAGACUCAAACGAUGUGGAUUUCUGGUUGUGAGGUUCAAGAAUGUCCGUUUUUUUGGAAGUUUAUUUUGUUGGAUUGCCUUGUUUUUGAUGCUUUUUGGGUUUAUGUAAAGCAGGGGUGUCCAAACCUUUCCCAUACAAGUGGGGUGGGGGUCAGCGUCGGUCAAUAUACAGGUGCAUGUUGUAUACAGUGUUUCACAUAGGACUGCAAUGUUGAUGUGGGGGGCGAGGGGGUGAUGACCUAAUUUUUAUGAAAGUGAGCAAAAGACAUGAAAAGCAAAACAAAUACAAAUGAACUUUCGUCCCUCAUUUCUUUUUGUGUUUUUUUUUUUAAGCCACAAGCAAGCUGGAGCCGCUUGUGAGUGCUUUUAAUUGUGCAGGAGGGGGGCACCCGCUGCUUGUUGAGAAACACGAUACAUGCUUUCAUGUUAAUAGUCUCCAAAGGUCUCCAAGAAGACCAGAAUACUCGCGACUAACACUCAUCCCUCCUGCUACGUUUUCUUAUUCUCCGGCAGACCAGGUGUGUUCAGUCCCAUUAGGUGUUUAUGUGCGGGGAAAUAAAUGAAUGUUCAAGCUUCCAACUAAUAAAACCCUCUAAUUCAGUAUCUCAUAAAAUGUGAACGGUCAAAAAGUUGACAAUUGCAAACUACUGGUGUCUCAAAUCAGCAAACAAUCUGCAAAACCUUUAAGCCUUUAAUUGCUCUCUUAGUCUGAAUUGUAAUCACUUAUAUUCUCAUUUAUAGACAUGCACCUGUAUGCUAAAAAAAAAACACUGACAACUUUGCAUUUGUGUUAUAGGUGACAUAGCAAAUUAGAAUAAUAUCAAAUGAGCUGCGGGCUGGAAGGGCCACGCUUUGGACACCCCUGCUGUAAAAUCAAAACACACUCUGAAAAAGCACACAAGAGUAUAACAAAAAAAAAAGAGAUGGAUGUAUUUAUUUGUGCAACCUGAUUCUAUACUGUUUCUUUUUGUUUUGUUGGUUCCCCUCUCACACUCAUCCCAGCAUCACACACACACACACACACACACACACAGCAUGCACUCGAAUGACCCACGUCCACACGCCCUCACAUUGCACUUUAUUACAUAAACACACACUCGUAUUGAAACGUCACUACCCUCCAUUCACCACUUUUUCGCACAGGAUUCUGCACGCUGUUCUCACACAAGGGCAGCCCAAAGCACAAUACUUUUUUACCGAUUUGUACCUUUCUUUUUCCUGGUUUUCCCCGCUUCUUCAGUCACCAAUCCUGAGGAACAAUCACCGUCAUAGGCCUCCCACCCGCCACGUGGCACAAUGAGGUUGUUUUCUGCUGAGCAACAGGGUAUACAUACUGUCAAAGAGAGAGCGGACGGAUGGGCUUGCAGGAUCAUCACACACACACACACACACACACAAACACACACACAAAAACAAACCACCAGAAAAAUAAAAGCACAGCUGUUUGUUUUUUCUUAAACGUGUGCAGCAGAAUCAACAACGAGGCACUUUAGGGUGACAUUUUACUUGAAGACGAGCUUAUGAAUCAUCCCGCAUUGUUAUUCAUGCCACCCCCCAACGCUGUUGUGUGUGUAGUUAUUGUAAAUAAUCGUAACGCCACGGGACGAGAGCUUCAAAUAAGACGUUACCCGUGUAAAACUAGAGCAGUAGUAGGAGGUUUGAUGUUGCAAUGUACUGUAAUAUAUAUACAUAUAUAUUAUAUAUCCUGCUUCAAUAUAAUUGUAUUGGCCAUGUCCACAUCUGACCAAUCAUACUAGCAUAAAAUGUGAGUUUUGGGUUCCUUUUUUUUCAAAGUGUUGUAGUUUUUUGCACUAUAACAUGAGGUCCUGUUUAAAGUCCAAAAAUAUAAUAAUAAUAAUAAUAAUAAUAAACGUUGUACCCUUUACCUGUUAGAUACCAGGGAUGCUCAGAUGUACUAUGUUCUCCUUUUUUGUUUUCUUCCUGAUUAAUAUAUGAAAAGCAAGAAAGGAAGCACUGGGUCAUUUAGAGGCAGUUUUCACGAGCGCUGUGUCGGAUAUGCGAUGAAAAGCAAGGCAUUGAGUAAAAAAAAACUGUAGUGUAGUUGCUCAUGAGUCUCCUUUUAAAGUAAUUAUCAAAAUCAGAUAAUUCACAAAAUAAAUAUUACUAUGAAAUUGUGUGGUGACAGUUGUUCCGUGUCAUUAAAAAGAUUAAACAAUCAUUAUUAAGUAAGGCUAAUGAACUAGCGAUCUCCAGCGCAGUGGCACGAGCCAUUGUUUUGUGUGUUCUGUGCACGCGCACGUGCCUCAAGCAGCAGCGCCGAUGAGGCUGGAGUUAGCGAGCCGACAGUCUGACAACCAACGACAAACCAUGCCUCAGUUUCUCCUCGAAUGUCUAACAAAUCGCUCGUUGGAGAUGAUGGCGGUGAGUUUUGUUUCUUCUUACCGAGCAAAAUGCUGACUCGUGAGGGGUUCCAUUAUUGAAAUGUGCCCGUGUUAGCUGUAUAUGCUAUUUCCGGUUGCCUCUUGUUAGAUGGUAGAUGGCGCCAGACAGAUUGCGUGCUGCCACUACGAAACACUUAGCCGGAACGCAAUCGAUUCAACUAUGUGCAGAACGCGUCUACAUCCGGUCCGCCUAUUUUUCGGCAGUUACAUGUGAGGCAUGUGUAAUCUACGCCAUCCGUCUAGUGAUGGAAAUUCCAGCUCUUUUUAGGGAGUCGGUUCUUUUGGCUCCUUUCACUAAAAAGAGCAGACUCUUUCGGCUCCCAAGUGGCUCCUCUGAUUUUUUUGUUGUCUUAAAUUAAUUUAUUACCAAAUUUUGUGUAUUGUGUAAAAAGAGCUGCUAAUGUAAAACAUACAUCAUAUCAAAUGUUUAUUAUUUAAAUGGAUUUACUUAAAUCAUCAACAAACAGCUACAAAAAAUGUAUAAUAAUAUAUUAUGAAAUACAACACCCGUCUCUAUAGACAAGGUAAAAUCUCUGCAUGCAAAUUCUAACUAUUUACAAUCAAACAGCACAACAUCAACAAAACACCAAUCUUUACUGAAGGUUGCCAUUCAAACGCUGCUCCUCUGUGUGCUGUGUGUGUUUAACCGCCGCAUGGCGUCACACUUUAACAGAAAAAAAGACGAGGAAAAAACGAAUUGUCCCUCGAUUGGCUCCCGACGAUGCGAGCCCCGGCUCCUGUCGUUCAUUUCAAAGAGUCGGCUCUUCAAGCCGAUUGUUCACGACCGACACAUCUCUACAUGUCUAUCUCUUUGAAGGCAGCAAGCAAUAUACACCCCCCACUCCCAAAAAUGUUAUUAAGAUGGAUAGAAAUUUGGGAAAUUACAACAUAAUAAUUUUUUUCGCCACUGAAAAACACAAAAGCAUUUGUUCUGAAGAUAUGUUUGGAUGGAUGGUAUAUUUCUCCAUCCAUCCAUCCAUCCAUUUUCUAUGCCGCUUCUCCUGUUUAGGGUGGCGGGGGUAUGCUGGAGCCUAUCUCAGCUGACUUCGGGCGAGAGGCGGGGUACACCCUGGACUGGUCGCCAGCCAAUCUUAGGGCACAUGUAGACAAACAACCAUUCACACUCACAUUCAUACCUAUGGACAAUUUAGAGUCACCAAUUAUUUUCUCCGUUGAGAAGAAAACCUCUAGCUUAAUCCUUUAGAUGAAUCCAUCUUUGCACUGUUUAUGGCUGUUUAUGCUGAAGUAUCACUGCAUUUUAUGUGUUUUAUUGUAUUUAUUUACAUAUGUUAUACGUCUUAAAAAUGUGCUAAAGGAGGAAGUGGCGUAGUCCUCGCACAUGCGCAGAAGCGAUUGCGUUCCGGGUGCGUAUUGCGUAGUGACACGCGCCAUAUUACGUGUUUGUUCUUGUCCGAAAGUGAUGGCUUAGCAACAGUAGCAGCAUGAGACGGCGUUUUAAGUGGAAGAGACAGGAUGGUGUGGAAAAACAAGCAGAGGGAGCUAUGACUAUACAAAGUGUGGAAAUAUGUAGAAUAGCCUACACUCGCCUGCAUGUGCGGGAAGUGUUUGUGUGCAGGACGUGCGUGCAGUGGCGUUUUUUCUAUGGAUACAUAGCAGGGCAGCUACACUACUGUCUCUUACUGUUUAUCUUUCAAUUACAAUACACAGGAAACAACAGUAACCAAAUAGUCCUUUAAAAUCCAUAAUCAAGAUACAUUUGAUGACGAAAUUAUUUUAUUGAUGAACCUUUUUUUUCCAUGACAAAAUCGAGACCGUGACGAGCUAAAGAAAGGGGUUACUACAUUAUAGCAAUGAAAUGCGAUUUGUUUAUGAUGUGUUAUAUAAAACCGUGUGAAAGACAGUAACAUCAAAAAGCACAAAAUGAAUACAGACCCGCCAUCCACCAGUACGAGCCUGGAGUUGGUUUUACGUCGCUGUUUAAUGUGUGUGGUAAAAGGCAGUGUGCUAGAAUGAAUUAACUUGAGGUUGUGCGCCAACAAAUGUGCCAGUUAGCACUCAAUAGCAUCAUUAAAUCAUACCUUACCAAAUAUGAGGUGAAAAAAAAUACAGUAUAGUAGUCUGUCUGUGCCGCGUGGGAGAAACUUGGCACAUGUACAACGAUGCAACAAACACCAUAAACAUGCAAAAACUAUGGGAUUUGUAGCUGUAUAUUAUUUUACAAUAAAAUAAUCUCCUAUAUUUUCCAAAUUGAUAUGCAUUUGCAUAAAAUUCGAUGGAGUUAUUGACCAAUUCAUUUUUUUUAAGUGUUUUUUUUUAUCAUUGCAACUGAAAGUUUCCUGCAGCCCGGUUCGGUUCCGCCCACGGUCUAGUACCGGGCCCUGAUCUAUCAGUCAUUUAAAAUGCAUGACAUUUCCACCUAUUGUGCGGGUGUUAUGUUUUUUAAGAUAUGAUGUACCUACCUUUGGUGUUGUAUUUACUGUAGACUUUUACAGGUGUACUUUGUAUACAGAGAGUAAUUGUAUCCCCUCAUUGUUUUUUUCCUCAUCUAAUUUCCAGUACUUAUUGACAUGAAUUAUAUUUUUUAUUUUUUUUACUAAAACAGAUUUUUAGUUUUCGUCAACUAAAACCUUUUUGGGUUUUUGUUGACCAAAUCUGGACUAACACUAUCACAUAUAGAAAUGACUAAAAUCGAUGCUAAAAACAACACUGGCACUGGUGCAGGUAGGGUGCAGUUGCACAGCACUGGGGGCGGUUGGAGUGGGCAGCAGCCACCAACUAGAGACGCCUCGUGAAUCUGCCGUGCAGUUCUUCACUGAACCGCUAGGGGUGGCGAUUUUCUGAGCAACCGUGACACUUGUCGCCUGCUGUAUGUAGCACGACUCUGAGGAAAAUGUGAUUUGAGAUUUUCUUGCUGAGAUUUCACAGAAAUCACCUUGUUUUAAUUAUCAUUAUUAUUAGACUCCUCGUUGUCUUGUUCCGCGUUCAAGACAUUCUUCGUAGGAGGUCCCGGAAGGACAUUUGUCGGGGGACUUUCUUAAUAGAACGAGUACAAAGACUGAAAAUAGUCAAAAAGAUGGCAUGCUCACUCACUGAACGGCACAUUCUUGCAUGUGGUAAAGACAAAUCAAUAGAAAGGUCCGUUAAUGAAUGCGAUCGCUCCUCCUAUGAACUGAUGAAUGAUGACUGAAUUGCGAGUUGGCUCCACGAGAAGAACCAGGGCAUCAAAGCCAACUUGCAAAAUUGUAAAAAGAAAACUUUGUUACGGUGGAUUGAGAUUCAGAUUUUUUUUUUGGGAGUCCUUACUCGUUAGCUUCCUUUAUUGCUCAUUCGUACUUCUUUACUCGUUAGCUUCCUUUAUUGCUCAUUCGUACUUCUUUGCGAAUAUUCUUGAUCACUAUGACAAGGACAGAGAGAGUCGGCAAGAGCAGGAAGUCAUGUCUAUGUGGGUUUUUUUGUUUGAAACUUCCUGUUUAUCUUUCAGUGACACUAUAAAGCAAAACAACAAAAAUACGUGUUAGCUAGCUAGUGCCAAAUUUGGCUGGGUGCAAUAUAUCUAAAGGUGAAAAAAUAUAAACGAGUUUUGCUUGUAAGUUUGUGUGGAAGUAAAUGGACGAACUGUUGCAAAAAAACAAGACAUACGGUAGCCAUAAAGGGUCAAAAAGAUGUGUGGUCAGAGAUCAACAGAACUGCUGACAAUUCUUUUGUUUUGCGUGGUCACUUGUUGCUAGGCAGAAUUGUCGGGGAGUAAGGAUCACGGACAGGAGAGUCGUCAGGAACAGGAAAUGAUCAUUGACACAGAGUAGUUUCACUUUUGAAUCUUGAAUUUUGUAUUAAACAUAAAAUGCUAGUCGGAAAGAGAUGUGGGGCACUGGCCCACUUGCCCCUAAUUUGAAAGUGCCACUGCCCUUUGCUCGUCUUAUUUUUCUAUUUGUUAAUAUUCACUUCCAUGUACAUGCACACUCAGCCUCCGACAUUUUUUUGUGCAUGAGUGUGCGUGUAAGUGUAGGUGUGUGUGUGUGUGUGCUAUUGUUGUUGCCUUGUCAAUGCUUUCCACUGCAUGAGUCACCAACACGCCUACACACACACACACACACACACACACACACACACACACACAUCUUCACA